UUUACCCCCUCAUCUCCUACGGACUGGGGUCUCAGUGCAGAAGUAGCCGGGCAGGUGAGCUGAGACCAAGAUGAAGAAGUUUGUGGCAUUUUCCCUCUGUCUGGUCCUCUUGACCAUCUACACAGCAGAUGCAAACCCAAUCAUCAAAGAGAGCUAUGCUAAGCAACUUCUGCGGACCAAGAGGCAGAAGCCCGACCCCGAUGAGCCAAUGAGGGAGCACUUGCUCCACAUGCAGGUUCUGGAUCAGAGGGCCCAGGAGACCAACCUGGAACACUGGCUGAACCCCCACUGCUACCCCCGCUGUGACAGGAACUACGGACACCCUGUCUAAUCCCCAGUGACCUCGCCUUGACUCCUCACAGCCCAGGAGAACAACUUGUGGCGGAGGGCGCUGACGGCAAGAAUGAUGUCGACAAUGACGAUGAUGAUAUGAGGGUGAAGCUCGGAGUGUAACUCUAUCACAUGCAUUUCAUGAUGAAGCCUCAGCAGGGAACAUUAGUGUCCAUCAGUAGAGAUGUCCACAGCUUAUUCCAGCAACAUUAGCGUAUAGGAAAUGUAUUAAAUGAUGUUAACAUCAUAGAGGAUACAUGAUCCGUUUAUAUGUUGAUACAGUUAUGAGACAUUAUACAUUGUAUUAUGUAAAACAAUGUUUAAAUAACAAUAAUUGAAUAAAUAAUCUAAUCAAAUUU